AUGUCGGCUAUCGAGCGCACUGGACUACCCGUCCAGUCACUUGAGUCACUUGAUGUGUUUGCAGAGGGCUAUAACCACAGGCGGGGUUCCCCUUGCAGCAUAUCGUUCAGCGAGUUCACGGCGGCUUUAUCACACAGUAUCCCGGGUCUGGCAAUCUCAUUUCAACAGUGCCGGACAUUCUGUCUGAGUCUGGGGCACCACAUUCAGAUUGAAAUACAAGGAGGAAAAUGUAUACCGGUGGACACCGCCGGCCUACAACGAAGCCCGAGCAGAGACCAGAGCUCUUUGCAACCUGCUGCGUCUUUGUCCCAUCUUGAGGAACUGUAUCUUGCUUGGGAAUACAACGAUCUCGAAGAAACGGCCGGAAUACUGGACCAAUUACUCUUCUUUAACCAUGUGGCAGGAGCCUGUAUAUUUCCGCACUUGAAGAGAUGUACUUUCAUUAAUCUCCGGAUGUCCGAGACUGCGCUCAUGACCUUCUUCCGUGGUGUCCCGCGCUUGACACAUUUAACCAUGGAUCAUAUUUUCCUGCGCGGUGAAUACACCGGAUACACCGGUCUAUUUGAACUUCUUUCGACUACUAUGCUUGAUCUAGAUUGCUUGCGUCUCCGAUCGCUUUAUUCUAGUUCUGGGAUGCAAUAUCCGGACGAACUUAAACAGAAGCGGUGGGAUAUACAUCGCACUGGGGCUGAUGCUAAGAGGCUAGUUGUAGCCAAAGCUAUAUAG